AUGUUGGCCACUAGUGGCUUGGUGCUGGUUUCGGCCAACCCGGGAGGAUCAUACAACUACGCAUACAACUUGAACGAUGCAGCCACCGGAGAAAUCCGUGAGACCAAAGCCUGCAAUGACCAGGUGGUAUAUGACGACAAACCGACAAUUGUGGCCUCCAAGAACUUUAUCUCCGAACCCAUGAUCGCAUCUGUGACCUCAGGACCGGUCAUCAACACUGAAUUUGUGUCCUCGACUCCAGCAUCAAUCUUGCGUUCUGAUUUCGAUUCAUCCCGGAUCGUGCAGGCCGCCGCCCCACUGAUAGAAACAAAAAUUGAGUCCGAACCAAUGAUUUAUUCUGCUCGUGCCGAAUACUCUCCUCUUCCCAAGUACGCCGCUCCAUUGUUAGAAACAAAAAUCGCAGCCGAACCACUGACGUACGUUUCUCGUCCAGCAUACGCUCCUCUUCCCAAGUUCUCCGCACCGAUCACCGUCACCGCCGCUCCGAUGUUGGAAACCAGGAUUGCAGCUGAACCACUGACGUACGUUUCUCGUCCCGAAUACGCUCCUCUUCCCAAGUACUCCGCACCGAUCACCGUCACCGCCGCUCCGAUGUUGGAAACCAGGAUUGCAGCUGAACCACUGACGUACGUUUCUCGUCCCGAAUACGCACCUGCCGCACCUCUUGUCAAGUACGCAAGUCCCGCUCCACUAGUUGUGUCCAGACCGCAAACUCCGAUCGUGCACGUCCAAGCCCCGGCCCAAAUCAUCAAGUCCGCUCAACUCCAAUCGUACGGCAGCCUGUCCACGUCACACUCACACAAAUCGUACGUCAACCACCCACAAGCUUCACUUAAAAUCGCCGCCGUCGCACCUCAGUACUACGCGGCCGCACCUGCAGCACCACAAUAUUAUACAGCACCCGCCAUGGUCGCAAAGGAAUACCACGUGCAGGCCGCUCCCGCAGCAAUGGAAUACCAUUCAGCAGCCCCAGUCGCGUGGCAAUCCGCCCCAGCACCGAUCGCCUUGAAGAUCGCCAACCCCGUGGUACACUCCAACGUUGCCUUGCACCAGGCCGCCGCACCCCUGUUCGCCCCGGCCGCACAGUACGCGUACCGCGCCGUUUCGUCUCCAGCGAGCUCGUACCAGUACGCCAAACACUGGAACAAUUACGAACAGUUGGCCGCCACCAGUCAAUUGCGCUACUCCGCCGCUGCCAGUCCACAGUACUAUUCGUCCGUGAUCCAGCAGCCCCAAUUCGACUACGCCACCGCGACCCAAGUUCAAAAUUUGGGCCAAUACGACGGCCAGGAACUACCAUGCGAAAAAUAG